GUAGCCACAGAAAAGCUACAAUUAUACGUUAAUUUUGGAAAGCAGACACUACAGAGGGGAAUAAAAUACUGUAUUAGCCCUCUACUGAUGGAAGAAGUAGUCAAAAUAGUUAUUUAAGUACUUUAAGAGAAGUUUUAUUUUGAAAUUAUUAAUGGAAAUGCGUUGUACUGCGACGCACUUGUCAGUUAGCUGUUGGCGGCGGUUAGCUAACACCUUCAUCCGACGUGGAGAUAUGAUGCAGAAACCAUGACAUAACAAGAAAAUAUCUUUUUAUCUAAUAUAUUUUACAGAGGCUCCUUACGGCUAGCUACUUUGGUUACAUUUUCUUCCCUCCUGUUGUAAUGGAUGAGGAUUUUCUGCUCGCCAUUCGGCUACAGGAGCAGUUUGACAGUGAAUAUGAAACCUCAUUAUUUUCGUCAAAUCGUUUUGAGGAUGACGACUUGGGACAAAGCAGUAAGAAGCGAAAAGUGGAUGCAGCCGGUGGAGGUGGCAGCGAUAUUGUUCCCUACUGGAAGCCGGCUGCGCAGCCCGAGAGGCCCCUGUCUAUCGUGGACGAAUCCUGGGAGAUGCUGGACCCCAGUCCCGAUGUCAGAGCUAUGUUUCUGGAGUUCAAUGACAUGUUCUUCUGGGGGAAACUCAGCGGUGUAGAGGUUAAGUGGAGCCCCCGAAUGACACUGUGUGCUGGUGUAUGUUCUUAUGAGGGCCGAGGUGGACUGUGUUCAAUCAGACUCAGUGAACCUCUGCUGAAGCUGAGACCCAGAAAAGACCUGGUUGAGACUCUCCUCCAUGAAAUGAUUCACGCGCUCCUGUUUGUGACACAGAACAACAGAGACAGAGAUGGUCACGGACCUGAGUUCUGCAAACAUAUGAACCGGAUCAACAAGGCCAGUGGGACGAAUAUCUCUAUCUACCACAGCUUCCACGAUGAGGUUGAUGUGUACCGGCAGCACUGGUGGCGUUGCAAUGGGCCCUGCCAGAACCGCAGGCCCUACUUUGGCUACGUGAAGAGAGCCAUGAACCGAGCUCCGUCUUCUUUGGACCCUUGGUGGGAGGACCACCGGAGGACGUGUGGCGGGACAUACACCAAGAUCAAGGAGCCAGAAGGAUAUGGCAAAAAAGGCAAGAAGGAUGGUAAAAAGGACGGGAAGACCUCAGGAAAUGACAAGCCUUCAAGUACGACUGCAGGUUCUGGGUCACAGGAUAUAAGGAACAUUAUCCCAUUUAGCGGCAAAGGCUUCCUACUUGGAGGGAAGUCACAGUCCUCCACGUCUUCCUCCCCAUCCCACAAACCACCAGUGCCUGUUGUGAGAACACCUUCACCCAGCUCCAUCUCCCCUCCGAACGAAACUCUUCACCCCUCAUCCCCGGCUAAACCUCUCACCUCUCCUGUUCGCUCUGGCCUACAGAACACUGGGAUCUCCAGCGCCUCUUCCUUCAUCAGACCAGCAGCCUCAACAGGACAGAAGCCCCCUAUAAAGAGGUCCGUCAGUAAUACGAGGGUUUUUGUCAACAUCAACGGUUCACCAGUGAGAAUCCCUAAACCUCACAGUAGCAGCAGUAGCCAAGGAGCAGAGAAAAUAAAGCAAAGGUCCAUUGAAGACCUUUUUAAGAGCACAGGCAUCAGGAAAUCAGUGGGACAAUCCUCCUCCUCAAAUACAGAGACUAAAAGAGAUUCACCAACAUCACCAAACAGAACCACAAGUGCUACAUCUGCCUCUUCCUUCUUUCCUAAACAACAAACAACAACAAAAGUCAGCCCUGCUAAACCACUACAGUCCAAAUAUUUCAAUCAUUCCAGCAGUGACAGUGCAGUAGGAGGCUCAGGUGGGGGUCAGACAUCGAGGAAGAGGCCGUGGGACGAGCGCGGCAGCUCAGCCAGCAUCUUUGACUUCUUCCAGAAAACAUCAGGCAGCGAUUCAGCAGUGUCGAGGGAGUCGAUGAAGACAAAAUCACCUGCAAUGCAGCAAAGAACUGUCACCGCCACCUCCUCCUCCUCCUCAUCAUCCUUAUCUGCUACAUCUUCUCUUCAUACCUCUGCAGGAUUGCACAGCACUACCUCCUCCUCCUCUUCCUCCUCUUCCUCCUCAUCCUCCUCUUCCUCUGUGCUGAUGGUCAGCUGUCCUGUGUGCCAGACGAAAGUGCAGGAGUCAAAGAUCAACGAGCAUCUUGAUUCCUGCCUCUCCUGAACGGAGGAUAUCGUAGAAGGGACGUUGCAAUAAAACCAACUUUUAAAACAUUAGUAGAAGUCUCAGGGACUUUGCUGUGUUGAUGAUUGGAUAUGUAGUGAUAUUACAUUGCUUUUAUUUUUAGAAGAGUGGUUGGUUUUCUUUGUGGUUGUCAGUGUUAACUCACUGUAAUAAUAAUAAUUCUUCUGUCAUGAGUGCCUGUCUGACAGCUCUGUGCCUUAGUAACCUGAGAGAACAGCAGGGUUUAACAGGUAAUGUGAGUUAACAUUUUCAUUUUCAUCAGGUAAAACAAAACAAGAUUCAAGUAAAUUCUGUUUAAAAGUUUAUGCAUUUUACCAGAAACUGAACUGAACUAUUGUUUUAACUGAGUUGAAUAUUUAACAGAUUUCAUUCUCCUGUUACUUUCUAUCAUAUUGAUCAGUUCUGUGUAAAGUCUCAACCUGAGGGCUGGUCUCCUUUCCACUGGACUGAACUGCAGUGAUGCAGCUGAUGAGAGUUAAUUCAGAACUGAUCAGUACGAUGAAGCUGCACCUCAGAUCUGCAUCUGCUGCCCUUCAGACAGCAGGAGACGCCUGACCUCUUGCUGAUCUGCAGGAAUCAGAUUUCACACUUGCUAGCUAUUUAUUUCUACUCGUCUUCACAUUGACACUGCAGCCAUCUGCAGGGUCAGGCAGUGUGAGGGCAUCUGAUCGUUCCUUUAUAACAUACUGAUUUUACUACAGUCAGACCCACAGUAGAAAAAUCUUAGGAUGGUUUAAAUGCUUUUAUUGACUUAUUAUCUUUUGGGAAAUGUUUAGAUCCCAAAUUUUAUUGCAAAAACAUUACCAUUUUAUAUGUGUAUGUUGGUGUUGUGUUUGUUUUAAAGGAUAUUGCUGAAUAUAUUCAGAAUUUGUUUCCAAAUAA